AUGUCAGGACUGGAGCACGAGAUCGCCAUUGACAUCUCGCGGGCACUCAAUCUCGUCAACCCAAACGACCUUCUCGCCAGACAGGUCAUCCAGAUCGCACGCAACCACAAGCAAGCCAACGGAUUCGUCAAAGCGUGCGCGGGAUUCGGGAGGUUCAAGGAUGAGGCACUGUUCGAUAUUUACACAAAGAUCCAUACUCACGACAGCGAGCAUGGCGUCGACGGCCCAGCAGCAGCAUCAUCAAACGGGAGGCAGAGCUCCAACGACAAAGGAUCCUCAAUCCAGGAAUCCUCUAUUGCCAUGGGCUCCAAAUUUGCUCGUUCCUAUGAAGACGAUGAUGAGGAGCCAGAGCAGAUCAUGCAAGGAGGGUUGGUGAUAAAGCCCAAGAAGGUCGCAGCAGCAGGAGAUGACCGUCAUGUGUUCAAGGCACCCACACUCCCUGCUGGUGUCUCUCGUCUAGGCCUCGACAGACUUGCCAAGGAGAAGAGGGAGGAGAAGGAACGUGUAGAGCCAUCAUCAUUAUCGACGCAGCAACAGAAGAAGAUCAAGUUGCAGGUUGAGGAUGAGUGGAGAGAUGAGGGCGAUCAGGACUCGGGGAUGCAGGAUCAGCAGGACGAUAGUUAUACCCGAGGCGAGAAUAGCAAAUCGAAGGACGACAAAUCAUCGGCCAAUUUGAGACCAGCGCAGCCUCAGUACCGUAGCAAGCGCAUGGAGACUCCCUCUCACCCUGGUGGUGUCAGUCAGGAAGCGUUGCGUCGUGCUGAGGAACGGAGGCAGCGUGAUCGUGCUAGAGGAGGCUUGCAUGGCAGUCGAGAUCAGGAUCGGGAUCGAAAUGAUGACCGGGACCGGGAUCGUGAUAGCAGAUAUGGCCGUGGCGACUCUCGGUCGAAUAGGGGCCGGGAUUAUGAGCGUGAUAGUGAUCGGACUAGGAACGACUCUGGACGUGACCGGUACCGAUCUAGCGACUCUGGACGAGAUAGUCGAGACAGAAGUGACGAUAGGAGGGAUGACAGGGACAGGAGAGACGACAGAGAUAGGAGAGAUGAUAGGGAGAGGAGACCUACUGAUAGACGGGAUGAGCGCGACAGGAGACCUACUGACAGACGGGACGACCGACCUCGAGAGAGCUUCACACCAAGGAGGACAGACUUUGUAGAGCCCAGGAGUUCUCGCCCCAGCCGAGGCGAAUGGGAUGCCACGCCCUCUAGGACUGGAAGCAACACUGAUGCCAUUCUGCAAGGCGGGUUAACCCCGCGACGAGAUUACAGACCGCCUACUCAGGGCAGAGGAACGUCGGAUUGGGACAUGGUUACGCCACGCGUGUCUUCAUCAGCAUAUGAUGAUCGCGUCGACACAUACCCCAACGAGGACUUUGACAAGGUUCCUGACAGAGGCGAGUGGGAGACUGAGCAGCGUCAAGUCGAUCGCGAGUGGUACAAUAUGGAGGAGUCUGGAGGCGCCAUGGACGACAUCCACAACCCCUUCGCCGACUAUGAGGAGCACGACACCAAGAAGGAGGAGGAGAUCGAAAAGAAGCAAAUGAAGAAGAUCUCUGCGCGCCAGGCCCAGUACAACAAGGACAAUGAGAUGUGGGAGACCAAUCGGAUGUUGACCAGUGGUGUCUUCCAGCGCAAGGAGGUCGACACAGACUUUGACGAUGAAUCGGAGGCUCGAGUUCAUUUACUUGUUCAUGACAUCAAGCCGCCAUUCCUGGACGGCCGAGUUGUGUUUACAAAACAGGUGGAAGCGGUGCAGUCGGUCAAGGAUCCCACGUCGGACAUGGCCAUCUUUUCGCGCAAGGGAAGUGCACUUGUUCGGGAGAAACGUGAGCAGGCAGAGCGUGUGAAGGCGGCACCCAAGUUUCAAGUUGCAGGAACGGCACUUGGUAAUGUCAUGGGAUUGGAAAACCCAGAAGAGCAAGCCAACGAGGAAGCAGCAGCAGCAAUGGCCAAGGCGAAGCAGGCGGGCGACGAGGACGACGAUAUGGAUGGCAAGGGCGACUCUCAGUUUGCGUCUCACCUCAAGACAUCCGAGGCUGCCAGUGCGUUCUCCAAAACCAAGACGAUGAAGGAGCAGCGAGAGUACUUGCCAGCGUUUGCGGUCAGGGAGGAGCUUAUGCGUGUCAUCCGGGACAACCAAGUCAUUAUUGUCGUUGGAGAGACAGGAUCAGGAAAGACGACUCAGUUGACACAGUUCUUGCACGAGGAUGGAUACAGCACGUUCGGAAUGAUUGGAUGCACCCAGCCCCGCCGUGUUGCUGCCAUGUCUGUCGCCCGCCGUGUCUCUGAGGAAAUGGGAUGUAAGCUGGGAUCGACUGUAGGAUAUGCCAUUCGUUUCGAGGAUGUGACCUCGCCAGAGACGGUGAUCAAGUACAUGACGGACGGUGUGCUUUUGCGCGAGUCGAUUCGAGAGGGCGAUCUGGACCACUACAGCGCGAUUAUUAUGGACGAGGCCCACGAGCGUUCUUUGAACACCGACGUGCUGAUGGGUUUGAUGAAGAAGAUCCUAGCCAGGCGACGCGAUCUCAAGCUCAUUGUCACCUCUGCCACCAUGAACGCCGACAAGUUCUCGUCAUUUUAUGGCAAUGCGGCGACUUUUACGAUCCCAGGACGUACCUUCCCAGUCGACAUUAUGUUCAGCAAGGUGCCGUGCGAGGACUAUGUCGAUAGCGCAGUCAAGCAGGUCUUGGCUAUCCAUCUAGGACAGCCAGCGGGAGAUAUCCUAGUGUUCAUGACUGGCCAGGAGGACAUCGAGAUUACCUGUUCAGUCGUCACAGAACGACUGGCGCAGAUCGAUAAUGCACCACCACUGGCUGUGCUGCCGAUUUAUUCCCAGAUGCCGGCGGACUUGCAAGCCAAGAUCUUUGAGCCCGGUGAGAACAAUGCCCGCAAGUGUGUCGUUGCCACCAAUAUCGGAGAGACGUCGCUGACGAUCGACGGUAUCCUGUAUGUGGUCGAUGCGGGGUAUGUCAAGCUCAAGGUGUUCAACCCCAAGAUCGGUAUGGAUUCGCUGCAGAUCACGCCGAUCUCCCAGGCCAACGCCAACCAGCGGUCGGGUCGUGCCGGACGAACUGGACCAGGAACGUCGUGGAGAUUGUACACGGAACAGGCGUUUGUGUACGAGAUGUUUGUCAAUCCGAUUCCCGAGAUCCAGAGAACCAACCUGUCGACGGUCGUCUUGCAACUCAAGUCGUUGAAUGUCAAGAACCUUCUCGAGUUUGAUUUCAUGGACCCACCACCACAGGACAACUUGCUCAACUCGAUGUACCAGCUCUGGAUCCAGGGCGCAUUGGACAACACGGGCGAGUUAACACCGAUGGGCCAGAAGAUGGCCGUGUUCCCGACCGAGCCUUCGCUUGCCAAGAUGUUGAUCGUGGCAGAGAAGAUGGGUUGCACAGCCGAGAUUGUGACGGUGGUGUCGAUGCUGUCUGUUCCGACGGUGUUUUACCGCCCCAAGGAGCGGUUGGAGGAGUCGGAUGCUGCCCGUGAAAAGUUCUUUGUGCCCGAGAGUGACCAUUUGACGUUGUUGAAUGUGUACACGCAGUGGAGGUCGAAUGGAUACCGCGAUGACUGGUGUCUGAAGCACUUUGUGCAGCCCAAGGCGAUGCGGAAGGCUCGAGAGGUGCGGUCGCAGCUGAUGGAUAUGAUGAAGUCUGAGAAGAUGCCGUAUGUCUCUUGCAACACCGACUGGGACAUUAUCCGCAAGUGCAUUUGUUCGGCGUAUUUCCACCAGGCUGGACGGAUCAAAGCUCUGGGAGAGUAUGUCAACUGUCGUACGGGCAUGCCCUGUCACUUGCACCCAACGUCGGCGCUGUAUGGUCUUGGAUACAACCCUGAUUACAUUGUCUACCACGAGCUGGUGAUGACCUCGAAGGAGUAUAUGCAGUGUGUGACAUCGGUGGAUCCACACUGGCUGGCCGAGCUGGGGCCGAUGUUUUACUCUGUUAAAGAGAAGUCGUACACGCACAGGGAGAAGAGGAUUGCGACCAAGGCUGAGGAGGCGCGCAUGGCGUUGGAGAUGGAUCUGAAGCAGACGCGGGAGAAGGAAGAGCAAGAGAGCGCAGCGGCGGCAGCAGAAGCGGUGGCCAAUGCCGGAGGAGGCUCAACGGCCGAGGCCCGAUUUAGGAUUGCUACUCCUGGAUUCAAAACGCCCAUGACCCCCAUGCGGAAACGCAGACUUGGUAUUUAG